GCGCUAGCGAUGAGGUAAUGAGCUUUGGAUAUACUGAAAGCUGUUGGAGCAACCUCACCUAAUCGGAGGUGAUUAGGGUGAUCUUUCUGAAUAGGUGCAAAGGCUAGUUUGAGAUACAAGUAGAUUGAAUCGCUACUGAGACUAAAAAGGUAUUCUCCAACCUUUCGUGAAUGAAGUAGUAUAUGGAGGGGAUUUCCGAGCUUGACCCUCGGGUGAUCACUAAACACCAAACUCUGGGUAAGUAAGCAGGAUACUAAACAUCAAACCCUACGCGCGUAAGCUGUAUCAUCUUUUACUUUUCUGGUGAACAACAAACAUUGAACCCCGCUACAUAGGUAGCUUGAACCGAGGUAUAGGGAGCAGGAGCAGCAGCAUAAAAAGCGAGGGUGGUUGACUGGAUUGAGACAAAUCCUUAACUAGUCCAAGGUCUUCAAACGGAACCAUUGCUUCUCUUACUGAACAUCUUUUUCGGGACAUUCUCUGCAAGAUACAUCAAAGAUGCCCAUCUGGCUCGUUCUUCAUGGCUCAGCAACUUUCACUGACGAAGCCUCCCGCGAGGCGUUUGCCAAGGACGUUACCUCCAAAAUAUACAAGAUGAUUCCGCCCUUUUACACUGACGUAUCAUUUGUCCCAACGCCAUCCCAGUAUGUCGGUGGCGUGAAGAAUGAUAAGAUGGUGCGAUUCGUCAUCUUCGAGCUAGCAGGAACGCACAAUGCCGCUGAGGAGCGCGAGGCGUGGAUUCAUCACAUCGACUCUGUGAUAAAGCCUCAUAUUGCAGAUAAAGGCUAUGAUUGGGAAUUUCAUAUCGAAGAACCACGGAGAGAUUUGUGGAAGAUCCAAGGAUUGAUACCACCGCCAUUGGUGAGCGAGGCGCACAAGAAGUGGAGAAGAGAGAACAAGCCGACUCCAUAUACUAAGCAGGAUGGACGGAUCGAGAAAGCGUUGCUGUAAGAACGGACAAGGUGGCCUUUUGCCCGAUUCGAGUUGAUGGCUUUGAUUUUGUUAUGACCGAGGAAACUUUGGUGGUGGAGAUAAGGUGCGAUAAGAACAGGUAGUAUGGUUACGAGGGUAGAAACAUAAGAGUG